AUGGCCAAAGUAAAGACGCCGAAGCGCGGCGGCGCUUCGAGUUCCCCGUACGACCGACCGAACCAGUCCAACAACAAUAACAGCGGCAACAGCAAGUCGGCCAAGAACAACGUCUUCAAGUUCAAUACCAAUUUCGGCCAGCACAUUCUCAAGAACCCGGGUGUCUCGGACGCCAUUGUCGAAAAGGCGUACCUCAAGCCGACCGACACAGUUCUCGAAGUCGGUCCCGGUACCGGCAAUCUGACAGUACGCAUCCUCGAGCGUGCCAAAAAGUGCAUCUGCGUCGAGGUUGACCCGCGCAUGGCGGCCGAAGUCACCAAGCGUGUACAGGGCACGCCCGAGCAGCGCAAGCUCGAGGUGCUCCUCGGCGACGUCAUCAAGACGGAGUUGCCAGCCUUUGACGUGUGCAUCUCCAACACGCCGUACCAGAUCUCGUCGCCGCUCGUCUUCAAGCUGCUGGCCAUGCCCAACCCGCCACGCACGUCGGUGCUCAUGUUCCAGCGCGAAUUUGCGCUGCGCCUGACGGCGCGCCCCGGCGACGCCCUCUACUGCCGCCUGUCGGUCAACGCGCAGUUCUGGGCCAAGAUUACGCACAUCAUGAAGGUGGGCAAGAACAACUUCCGCCCGCCGCCGCAGGUCGAGUCGUCGGUGGUGCGCAUCGAGCCCAAGAUUGGCAAGGACCGCCCCAACGUCAGCUGGGACGAGUGGGACGGCCUGCUGCGUGUGUGCUUUGUCCGCAAGAACAAGACGCUGCGCGCGAGCUGGCUCGGCACCAAGGAGGUCCUGGCCAUGGUGGAGCGCAACUACCGCACGUGGUGCGCCAUGAACGGCGUGCCCGUCGACGACAGCCUCGUUGAGGAUGCUGGCGAGGAUGAGGGGGAUGACGAUGUGGCUAUGGAUGCUGGUGCAGAGGACGACGAGGGCGGCAUGGAUGUGGAUGACGGAGAUGACGAUACCCCAGCCUUCUUCAAAGAGGUCGCCGCGAAUGGCGCCCCAGCCAAGACCAAGAGCAAGCGCAAGAAGACCAAGGUGGCGGAGCUGGUCCGAGAAAAGAUCCGCAAGGUCCUCGAGGACGUGACGGAGCUGGCGGACAAGCGCUCAGGCAAGUGCGACGAGAAUGACUUUUUGCGGCUGCUCUUUGCCUUUAACGAGGAGGGCAUUCAUUUUUCUUAA